GCAAGUAAUAGUUAAACGAAAAAGAGGAAGACCUCGCAAAUAUCCUGUUGAAAUAGCAUCAGUGCAAAGUCAGGAUUCAGCAUUGAACACAGUCAUGAGAAAAGUACUGCAGCCUUCAGGCACUAGCAGUAAACCAGUGAUAAUACCAGAAGCCAAUGAUUUUUUGAACAAUAGAAGCAAUGAAACUGAAAAAGAGAAGAGCAGGGUGGUUAUGCAGUUAAGAGGAAGAAAAUCGAAACAGGCUUGUCUUUCAUCAGAGGAAACAGGAACAAACACAUCUGAGUCAUCUAAAAAACGUCAGAAGCUCAUAUCGGUCUCUGAGGAAAGCGUUAAGGGCCAGGAUGAAAUCAUGGAGAAAGGAUAUGAUGGUGAAACAGAUGGAGAUGAGAUGCAUUCAGGAGCCACAACUAGGUCAGCAUCAAGAUUAGAAGCAGAAAGGAAGCAGCCAAACAAGCCAACAACCCGGGCCUCAUUGAAAAGCCAGAAUCCAUCCCCAGCUCUUCCUACAAAUCGUCGGAAAUUAGCAGAGAAGAAGCAGUCAUCUGCCACUGCAAAAGUGAACAAAAGUCUUCGCUUGGCCCAAUCAAAAUUUCAACCCACCAAGCGCAGAAGGGAAGCGAGUCCCCCAGUGUCACGUAAGAAGGAUCGCCAGAGAGCUGAUGAGACUGACAUGAAAAAGUCCAAGCGAUAGUUGGAACCCAUGUCAGUGGGGAUUCAGGGUAGGAGGGAACGUUCUCUGCUCUAUAAAACUUGGAUGGGCCGCAUGUGUGUAUUUCCAAGAUGUAACUUAUAAUACACAUGUCAUAUUUUAAACAGCUUUAUAAACUAUUUGUUUAUGAAGAUGAUAUGAAUUAGAGAAGGUUUCUUUGUGUCUAGGAGGAAUUUGCUGAUGCUUCAAUCCACUCUUCACUAGUGGCUUCUUAACACCUUUUGUAUAUAAAACAUUUAUUUAAAAAAAGAUUGUAUUUUACUGUGUAUGAACAUAAUGGGAACACUUUAUUGAACUGCAACACCUGGUAUUAUAUCAUAUUGCUUUAACUGGAUUAUUAAAUGUUGUGCUGCCAUGCUUAGCGCUGGACUAGGAGAAGGAAGUGCGAAGUUAAUUUGGCUCAGAACAUUCUCAUAUGUUCGGGACAAGUAGAUAAGGAGAGCUUUAUUAUGUCCCUUGUUGUGUUUGUAACUUUCUCUAUGCUAAGAGUUAAGAGUGACAUUUACAGUGUUGAGUUCAACGUGCCCUUUCCUUUGGAAAUGUAUUCUCUACUUGUUAACUCUCUCCCAGUGUCCCAGCUGGAACAUUGCACAAGAAAAGUUUUUGACUGAAGAACACAUCAUCUUUCUGUGGAGCUCUUAAUUGUUCUUUUCCCAGGGCUUUUGUUUCUCCAUAGAAAAAUUGAAAACAAAAGGACUGAAAAGAUUGGCAACAUGCCUACUUUAUCCACUAGUAUUAAAGAAGGGUGUAAAAUCUGGCUAGUUGUCCAAACUUUUAGUAGACUUGCAUUUUACUCUCUCAAGAACAAAUCUUCAAUUUGAGUUCCAUGUAAAGCUUUUUUUAUUGUUAAUCGCACUUGUCUCUUGCAAAGAUGUAAGUUGCCAAAUAUUAUGAGAUUAUUUUAAAAUGUUCAUAUUCAUCUUUUAUAACUAAAACCAACAUUGAUUUUUAAUUUUUUGUUGUAGUUGUUGUUGUUUGGGGGUCUUUUGUUGUACUGUGGAUAUUUCUGUCAAAUAUUCUAGUUUGUUUCUUAUUGAAUUUUUAUAUAUAAAUUACAAAAUGUUUCCAAACUAAAGUCUCAGCAUUUAAAUUGCUAGAUUUUUGCAUGUAUUUCUAGUCUACACUCAAAGAUUGUCAUCCCAAACAUUUCUGAAUCUUAUUGAUAUUUAUGCAAGUUAAGCACAAGCUGAAAUCUCUGCUGCUCUGAGCCCAGCAAUUUAAUGAUGCUUUGGGCUCAUGAAAUAGAAGUUACAGCAUGGGAUCAAUCAUGUUCAUAGGGAGGUCUGUAGGAUACAACCAAAAUCAAGAUAAUAGCCAUGACUGCACAGUCAAAACGCUGCCUGAUUUUUAUGUGCAAAGCUUCAAUCAUAUUAUUGUGGCUGCCAUUUUGAUCUUUUUGAUUUAUUCUGUGGAUGCCCCUGCAUUUCAGAUAAAAGUUUUUUAUCCUUUUCUAUUUUCAAUUAUGACAAAUUAAAACUGUUUUCAGUUUAA